CUCCACAGGCUCUCGCCCACCUGCCACGGCACCCAGUAGCCGACCCGGCCCCCUUCUGUGCCAGGAGCUCGCAGUCACCAGCACUAUGCCCUACCCACACCCAACACUGACCCCAGAGCAGAAGAAGGAGCUGUCUGACAUCGCUCACCGAAUUGUGGCUCCGGGCAAGGGCAUCCUGGCUGCGGAUGAGUCCACCGGAAGCAUCGCCAAGCGGCUGCAGUCCAUUGGCACCGAGAACACGGAGGAGAACAGGCGCUUCUACCGCCAGCUGCUACUGACUGCUGAUGACCGCGUGAACCCCUGUAUUGGGGGCGUGAUCCUCUUCCACGAGACACUGUACCAGAAAGCGGAUGAUGGACGCCCUUUCCCCCAAAUUAUCAAGUCCAAGGGCGGUGUUGUGGGUAUAAAGGUAGACAAGGGCGUGGUGCCCCUGGCAGGAACUAAUGGCGAGACCACCACCCAAGGGCUAGAUGAACUAUCUGUACGCUGUGCCCAGUACAAGAAGGAUGGAGCCGACUUUGCCAAAUGGCGUUGUGUGCUGAAGAUUGGGGAACACACCCCUUCAGCCCUUGCCAUCAUGGAAAAUGCCAAUGUCCUGGCUCGUUAUGCCAGCAUCUGCCAGCAGAAUGGCAUUGUACCCAUUGUGGAGCCCGAAGUCCUCUCUGAUGGGGACCACGACUUGAAGUGCUGUCAGUAUGUAACUGAGAAGGUACUGGCCGCUGUCUACAAGGCUCUGAGCGACCACCAUGUCUACCUGGAAGGCACCUUGCUGAAACCCAACAUGGUGACCCCGGGCCAUGAUUGCACCCGGAAAUUUUCCAGUGAGGAGAUCGCCAUGGCAACUGUGACAGCACUUCGUCGCACAGUGCCCCCUGCUGUCCCUGGGGUCGCUUUCCUGUCUGGAGGGCAGAGUGAGGAAGAUGCGUCCAUCAACCUCAAUGCUAUCAACAAGUGCCCCCUGCUGAAGCCGUGGGCCUUGACUUUCUCCUAUGGCCGAGCCCUGCAGGCUUCUGCCCUGAAGGCCUGGGGUGGGAACAAGGAGAACGCGAAGGCUGCCCAGGAGGAAUACAUUAAGCGUGCCCUGGCCAACAGCCUCGCUUCUCAAGGAAAGUACACUCCAAGUGGUCAGUCAGGGGCAGCAGCCAACAAGUCCCUGUUCGUCUCUAACCAUGCCUACUGAGUAGAGGCGGCCUAAGGCCUCCCCUCCGACCCCGCAGUCCCUACCUAUCCACUCCCUCGUGAGGAGGCCGCCUCCAGGCUCUCCCACCAGUCACCUACUGCCCCUCAUGACUUUGGUCUGUGAACGCUGACUCCACCAUCCCUUCCACCUCGUUGCUAAUCAACAACUCUAUUAGGGGAAAAAAGAGUCACCUCUGCCCCUUUCCCUUGAAGACUGGACAGGAGUGGCAGGACAAUGAAAUCCUUUUCAGAGUAUGUCUCUAAUACUACUUGAAGCCUUCCCACUGAAGCAAUCUCACGUGUUCUUAAAGUUGGCUUCAAACAGGUGUCUGUUGGUGUCUUUCCUUCUGUCUAGGACCUACUGGAAACUUGGAGAACUGAAUUUUUUUGUCAGCCAGCACCUGCCAAGCCUCGAGUCUACAUAUCAGCAAAUGUGCUUCUGUUUAAACAUCUUUUUACAGUCAUAAGAGAAAUAAACAUAUAAAAUAAAUGCAUCUCAAUGCAUAGCUGCGCAGGAGUACAGAUGUUUUAUUAAUGGAAAUGAAUCCAGCUUUU